CGGGCCUGACCUAGGCGGGUUCUGGUUGCAUCUACGCCCUCUGGGAUCCGAGGCAGUCUCCAAGAGUCAGAUGACGACGGAGGAGCGCGCCCACCUGGUGCACCUGCUGAAGCUGAGCAUCAAGGUGCUGCUGCAGUCUGCGUUGAGCCUGGGCCGUAGCCUGGACGCGGAGCAUGCGCCGUUGCAGCAAUUUUUCGUGGUCCUGGAGCAUUGCCUCAAACACGGGCUCAAAGUUAAGAAAAGCUUCAUUGGCCAGAACAAGUCAUUCUUUGGCCCAUUGGAGCUAGUGGAGAAGCUUUGCCCAGAGGCUGCAGAUAUUGCCACAAGUGUGAGGAAUCUCCCAGAACUCAAGACAGGCCUGGGUCGGGGCCGAGCCUGGCUGUACCUGGCACUGAUGCAGAAGAAGCUGGCCGACUACCUUCGUGUGCUGGUGGAGAACAGACACCUGCUCGGUGAGUUCUAUGAGCCACAGGCUUUGAUGAUGGAGGAAGAGGGAACGGUGAUCGUCGGGCUACUAGUAGGACUCAACGUGCUUGAUGCCAAUCUCUGCUUGAAAGGGGAAGACCUGGAUUCCCAGGUUGGGGUCAUCGAUUUCUCACUCUACCUGAAGGACCUUCAGGACCUGGAGUCUGGCAAAGAGCAAGAACGAAUCACAGAUGUCCUGGACCAGAAGAACUACGUGGAGGAGCUGAACCGACACUUGAGCUGCACCGUGGGUGAUCUCCAGACCAAAAUCGAUGGCCUGGAGAAGACCAACUUGAAGCUCCAAGAAGAGCUUUCCGCUGCCAGCGACCGGAUUUCUUCACUCCAAGAGGAACAGCAGCGCUUACGGGAGCAGAAUGAGCUGAUUCGGGAGCGCAGUGAGAAGAGUGUGGAGAUAACAAAACAGGACACCAAAGUGGAACUGGAAACAUACAGACAAACCCGUCAGGGGCUGGACGAGAUGUACAGCGAUGUGUGGAAGCAGCUGAAGGAGGAGAAGAAAGUCCGCUUGGAAUUGGAGAAAGAGCUGGAGCUACAGAUUGGGUUGAAGACAGAAAUGGAGAUCGCCAUGAAGCUGCUGGAGAAAGACACGCACGAGAAGCAAGACACCCUGGUGGCCCUGAGACAGCAGCUGGAGGACGUCAAGGCUAUCAACUUACAGAUGUUCCAUAAAGUGCAGACAGCAGAGAGCAGCUUGCAGCAGAAGAAUGAAGCCAUUGGGGCUUUUGAAGACAAAACCAAUCAAGUAGUGUCUAGCAUGAAGCAAAUGGAAGAAAGAUUGCAGCUGGCAGAGCAGGCUCGCCUGGGCGCAGAGGAGCGGAGCCAGCAGCUGCAGCAAGACCUGGACAAGCGGAGCAGGGCCCUGGAGCAGCAGCUGACCCAGCUGCAGGAGCAGUGCUCCAGCCUGGAAACCCAGCUGAAGGUGGAAAAGGAACAGAGACAAGCACUCCAGCGAGAAUUGCAGCAGGAGAGAGAGGAAGCCAUAAGGCUGCAGGCUGAACUGCGAGAGCUACAGGCGCUGAGGAAGGAGAUGCAGGAACUCCAGGAUGAGAAGGAGGAGCUCCAGAAGGUUUGCGGGGAGCAGGAGCAGGCCCUACAGGAAAUGGGACUGCACCUCAGCCAGUCAAAGCUGAAGAUGGAAGACAUCAAAGAAGUAAACAAAGCACUAAAGGGCCAUGCUUGGCUGAAGGACGAUGAAGCGACCCACUGUAAACAGUGCGAGAAGGAGUUUUCCAUCUCACGGAGAAAGCACCAUUGUCGCAACUGUGGCCACAUCUUCUGCAAUGCAUGUUCCAGCAACGAGCUGGCACUAGCCUCCUACCCCAAGCCUGUGCGUGUGUGUGACAACUGCCACACGCUAUUGCUACAGCGCUGCACAUCUACCAGCAGCUCCUAGGGGGAACGGAACCUUGCACCCCCUUUCUCAACCACCCCCAUUUGAGAGGGAAACUUUCCUGUACCACCAACUGGCCAAGCAUUCAUCUCUUUUGUAGCUGCAUUUCUGUCUUGGGAGGGUGGGGUUCACCUAUUCCCAUCCUUGACUCAUUACCCCCUCCAUGAACAGGAAUAAAUCUAUUUUUCAAGCUU